CAUUUGUUCUAUAUUUAAUAAAUCAAACAAUUAUUAUUUUGAUCGGUGAAAAGAAUAAACAAUAUGACUGGAUCUACAAAACCGGAUCUUGAUCGUUUAGGUUAUUUUAGAGAAAUGUCUUAUGUUACAAUUGGUGAUCCAUAUACUGAUCUAGGAAAAUUUGUUUUCAAUGAAGAUUCUUGUAAAGGUCGACAAUUAUAUGGGAUUAGUACAAAAUCAAAAUGUGGUUUAAACGAUGGAUAUUUUAGCCCAUACAAUCGAUUAUUUAUUGGUGAAUCAUAUACGGAUAUGACAAAAAUCAAGCAUGAAGAACAUUUGAAAGAAAAAAUUAAAGAAGGUACAAAAGCAUUUCUUCCAUCUUCUUGUCCUAAACAACUUAUUGGAUCUGGAAAUUAUUGGGGUACAUUUUCAGGACCAAUUCCAUAUUUCCGUAAUGAAUUUAUUAAAUCAACUAAAUCAUCUGAUGGAAAGAAUUUUUACACUUCACCAUCUAAAAAAGGUGCUGGAUCUAGUUAUCCUAAUGUAACAAUUGGAAAAUUACCUGCUUAUGUUUCAGAACCAUAUUUAGAUAAUAUCAAUAAAACUAACAAAGAUUAUAAAAAUGCAAUACUAGGUCGUAAAAACUUCAUUCAAUGUGGAAAUAUUGACUACUUUGGUCCAGAUCCAUAUAAACAACAAAAUGGUAUUGUCAAAAAACCUCUAAAACCAACAAUACAAACGAGAAGAAUUACAAUUCCAUUUAGACCAUCUAAUCCAGGUAAAGAACCAGGUGGUUACAAAGCUGGUACAUUUAAUCCAUUUCCUAAUUAUAUGUCUGAACCGUAUAUUGAUCCUUAUAAACGAAUAAAGUCUCAUCGAGAUGCUAAAGUAUUUAUUCCAUCAUCCGGAUCUAAAUCUGCUCGAUUUGAUUCAAUAUUAACAAGAAAUGUAAAUAAAACUAUAAAUUCAUCUAAUUUUGACACUAUUAAAUCUGUAACUUAUUCAUGAGAUAUUCAAGAAAGAAAAUAUUGUGAUUUAUGAAUGUUAAAUGUAUGUUCCUAAUAAAUUUGUCUUCUGUCGAACUAUGACAAAUAUAAAUGAUUACGUAUAUGAAAGUAUAUGAAAACAUUGAAAAAUUCGAAAGCAUAGUUUAUAAUGACUCUUUUAAAACAGUCUAUUAUCUGUCAAAGUAAAUAUGAUUGGUAAUUGAAUGUAUUGAAACGUGAAUGUAGUUAAAAGCUGUAUUAUUCGAUCUGGUAGAGUACUGACUAUCGGUUUCAAUUUAAUAUCUCUUACAUUGGUAUUUUCAUA